UCCUUUAGAGAAGGUUGUGUGAUAAACCAUAAAAAUGUGUUUUAUUCGAUUUCUGUGACAAUUGGAUCACCAUGAACGAAAACAUUUGCCAGCAAUGUAAGAAAUCAGCCGAAGGUGCGUCCAAUCGUUUAGUGCAGGAUUCGUGCGGUCACAAAAAAUGCAGAGUUUGUUUACUACAAGAUGAGGACUUCUGCAAACAAUGCUCAGACGAAGCCGGCAAAAAGGAAAACACCGUUAUUAAAUACGAAAACAAAUAUGCUGCGGUUAUAACUUGCAAUGGGAUCAACAAAGAUAUAAACUCAGAUACGGCUGAUUCCAAUUGCACUAAAAGUGAGAGUGAAAAACCUAUUUCACAACCUGUCAUUAAUAAGCCCAAAAAACCUAACAAAUCACAAAAUGAAUCGAAACCUGUGGGGAAACAGAAAAGAGCUUACAAUGCAAUAAAUAUACCCACUCACAUCACAGUAACAGGAGAGCCGAAUGUUUAUCAUUGCACCAUAUGUAACAAGUCAUUUUCCACAAAGGCGCAUGUAAAAUAUCAUUCAUAUUGUGCAGGAACAGUUAGAUCACACAGUUGCAAAAUAUGCAAGAAAGAAUUCAUUCUUAAAACUCAACUGGACAUCCACAUGUAUAUACAUGAGAAGAACAAGCCUCAUGUUUGUAUCCAGUGCGGAAAAUCGUUUGGUGAGAAGAGCAAGUUGAAGAGGCACAUGAUUUUGCACAGCAAUUUAAAAACAUUAACUUGUUCUGAAUGUGGGAAGAGUUUCAAAACAAAAGAAUCUUUGAAAGUGCAUUCCAUUAUUCACAGGCCUGACAAACCAUACUCUUGCAAAAUGUGUGAGGCAAAAUUCAAUAACUCUUCUAAUUUAAAGAAACAUCUUGCCUCACACUCAGAUGAAAAGUCACAUAUGUGUGAUCAGUGCGGACGAACGUACAAACUAAAGUGGGCACUAAGCGUUCACCAACGAUCUCAUUCCAGAGUGCGUCAGUACGAGUGCACAGUUUGCAACAAGACUUUCGUCAACCACAAAGAUUUACAGCGUCACAGUGCCAAUCAUUUAGAAACAAAACCAUUCGACUGCACGUAUUGCGCAUGCAAGUUUCGUCGCAAGGACAAUUUGAAGCGACAUGUCCGCAACGCCCAUCCCGGAUCUCACGAACUGCGCAAACUAACCGUUUCAGCUAAACGCGUAGUCGCCGAUGUACUGUCGCCACCCAAACCCCCUUCAGUGGUGGACAAUCCGAACGCCAUUCACGUGAUCACGGCGUCUCCGGCUUACGCGUCCAGUUCCAGGAUAUCGCCGAAGGAGGCAGUGGCGGCGCCCUCGACUUCCACGAAGCCCAAUCUGAUCAACGGGCUGCCUAAAUUGGCGUUUAAAACGCCGGAGUUCAAAAGCAGCUACAAUAUUCAAAGGAACUUCAAAUUUUCGAGUGCGAAGUCCUACGACAUGGCGGAAUCGGUGGAUAUAUGUCAGAAAAUUCUCUCGCCUCACGUUUCAUCGCCUAGAAACGUGAUACAAAAAACCUCCGAGCCUUCCUCGGAGAUUUGCCAGAGAAUUUUAGAUCCGUCUCCCCCUCAAAACGACCAAUAUCAAUACAGAAGACCAGUAAUAAAACAGAUCAAGUUCAAGGUUCCUGUUCAGUAUACUUUGAACGACAGAUUAGAAAGUCAUUACGACCCGUACAAGGAGUUGGCCCCGCAGGAACCUGUCAAAAUGAUGAUUCCCAAAAGUGACAAGAUAAAUAAUAAUUCAUACACGGAGUUGCUCCCUGCCCCUACGAGUGUCAUCGUCAACCAUCAGGCUAACAAUAUGCCGUGGAGAAAGAGGACUUCGGAGAUACUAAACGUGAAAAAUUGAAGACUGUAAUUAUGAUAUAAUGGUUCAUUUGUGAUUUUUUAUGUGUUAUUACGUUAUUUAUUUGGAUUACUGUAACUGUAACAGUUUAUUAAAGCAUUUUUAUA